AUGGAGCACAAGGAAAAGUUGGAUGCUAUUUCCAGCAGCAGCGAUGUACCAGUCGACCAUCCUACCUUCUACGAUCCUUCAAAGGAGAGUAUAUGGACACGUCUCGGACUUAAUUUCGAGAGUUUCAAGCGUGCACCAGGUGUUACCGGACAACAGGAGGUAGCUGGAGGCUAUGUCGACGCAGAGCACCUCAAGGCCGAUGCACCGAUGCUUCAGCCCAAGAUGAAGAAGCGUCAUCUGAACAUGAUCGCUGUGGGUGGAAGUAUCGGUACAGGUCUCUUCGUCGGUUCUGGCUCUGCUCUUCACACUGGCGGUCCUGCUGGUGUCUUGAUCGCAUGGAUUCUCAUCGGCAUAAUGUUGAUCAAUGUCACUCAGGCGCUUGGCGAAAUGUCCAUCCUAUAUCCUGUGUCUGGUGGUUUCUAUACACUCGCGGACCGUUUUCUUGACCCUUCAUUCGCCUUCGCCAUGGGCUGGAACUACGUUUUCCAAUGGUUUGCCACCCUGCCUCUGGAAAUUACCGUCGCUGGUACAACGGUACAGUAUUGGACAGAUGCCGUUCCUAUCGCCGCCUGGAUCACGAUUUUCUGGAUAGCCAUCAUGAUCGCCAGCAUCUUCGGCACUCUGGGUUUUGCAGAAGAAGAAUUCUGGUCUUCAUGUUUGAAGUUACUGGUUGUUGUUAUGUUCAUCUUCAUCGGCAUCAUCUGCCUUGCUGGCGGGGGACCAAAGAGCGGAGAGUUUGGUUCAUACGUCGGUGGUAAAAAUUGGUCUGACCCAGGCGCCUUUGCGAAUGGAUUCAAAGGUGUUUGCGCAGUGUUCGUUACUGCUGCCUUCUCGUUUGCUGGUACUGAAUUGGUCGGUCUCGCUGCGUCAGAGACCCCCAACCCUCGGGAAACCAUGCCGGGUGCCGUUAAGGGAACUUUCUGGCGUAUUACGAUUAUCUACAUCACCUCCCUGACGAUCAUCGGUUUGAUGCUUCCUUACACCGAGGACCGUCUUAUUGGCGGCAGUGGUGCCUCUGCGUCGCCCUUUGUUAUCGCUCUGGACUUGGCCAACAUCAAUGGAUUGAAUCAUCUCGUCAACGCCACCAUCUGUGUUUCCGUCCUUUCUAUUGGUCUCUCCUGUGUGUAUGGUGGUUCUCGAACCUUGACCGCAUUGGCAGAGCAAGGUUAUGCUCCUAGCAUUUUUAAAUACAUUGACAAAUCCAGUCGGCCUCUUGCUUCUGUCGCCUGCUUGCUCCUUUUUGCUCCCAUCGCGUACGUUAACGUAGUUGCUGCUGGUGACACUGUCUUCACCUGGCUUCUGGCUAUCUCGGGUCUUUCGACUCUGUUCACUUGGCUAUCAAUCUGUCUAUGCCACAUCCGUUUCCGUGCUGCGUGGAAAGCUCAAGGUCAUUCCCUUGAGGAGCUUCCCUACCGGGCUAUGGGUGGCGUCUACGGAUCAUGGUUUGGAGUUGUCCUCAUCGUCCUCAUUCUUAUCGCACAAUUUUACGUCGCCAUUUUCCCUGUUGGCGAGUCAGUUAGUGGGAGAGCUGCAGCGGAAGCCUUCUUCGAGGUGUAUCUCGCAGCACCCGUAAUGAUUCUCUUCUACGUUAUCGGUUAUGCAUGGAAACGGAAACUGCCCAAGCGAGCCUCUGAAAUCGAUCUCGAUUCUGGACGGAAGUCUUGGCUGACAGUAGAUGAGAUGAGAGCAUACCGCGCAGAGCGUGCAAAAGCUCCUCUACACGUCAAAAUCUACCGCAUGUUGUUCUCUAAUUGA